AUGGAUACCCCUCGAAAUCGAAAGCAGCGUCGUGCCGCUGCAGCUGCUGCCACCACCGCCGAGAGUACACAGACCACCUCGUCUAGAGUAUCAGAUAUUCCACUUGCUCUUCCCGAUCGCAGCGGGGAUUCGAAGAGCAAUGUGCCGACUCUGUAUGACAUCAUUGAGAAGCGACAAAAGGAGCUCCUGAAGCAAGCAGAUGUGCUGAAUGCCGGUUCGACGCCGAGAGCGCAGCAUGGACGACCAUCAAAAUCAACAGGGACGCGGAUCGUGACAGUUGACGAGGCGGGCAACUUGGUGGAUGCGGAUGGCAAGGUCGAGAGUGAAUUGCUGGUCGGUCGAAGAAAGGGAGCUGGACAGCGGUCGCAGAGACAGCGCACAGCUCCGUCAAAGGAUGACAGCAAAGUCGAGAAUGAUGAGGACGACAACGAGGACCCGGAUGAAGAUGAAGACGACGAAUCCGAGAUCCAAGGCAAAGAUGAAUCUCUUCCGCCUCUUCUCGAUACCAUCCUCCUUUCAAUCCCAUUGACCACCCUGCAUCUGACCCUCGCCUACCUCGCCGCGCAUCAAUACGCCGAAUCUACGAACGUGCUGGGCCUGAUCAAGGAGUCCGUCUUUCUAACCUUCCCCCUCCUUACUUUCCUCGUCCACUUUGUCCACGGCCACAUUGUCUCCUUGCGAUUACACCAUAGUCUGGGGUUUCUAGCUUCGGGCUCGCAGCCCGUCUCCGUGCUCCCGCUCACGAGGGACAAGCUGUCGGUUUCGUUCCUCCUCCGACUCGUCUUCCCGCCUACGCCUCGGACUCUGAUAUUGUUGCCGAUUGCGGCUUUGUUGGGGUCGCAUUUGAUUGUCGUGACGAAUGGGGAACCGUAUUAUGCGGUGAUGAAAAAGGCGCCCGCGUACGGGACCAUGUGGAUCUGGUGUAUUCUGGAGAUGUCGUUUGGACCGGCGGCUUUGGGAGCCUUGGGUCCGCUGGCUUGGGGUGUAUAUUGGAAGGGAUAUCAGAUUGUCUAA